AUGUUUAGUCCUCAGAAUGCAGAAACCUUCCAUAAAACAAAGGGACUCAAUGGGGAGCUCAUCCCCAAAAUGAAGGAGGAACCUGAGGAUGAGAAGGUGGACUAUCUGGAGGGGCUGACAACGGACAUGUUUGGGGACGACAAGGAGUUUGAGCGCUGUUGGUCAGAUCCAGACCCAGCCUUUAUGAAUCACCAUGAGGAGGCCCUGCCUGACGCCUUUUACGGCCUCUUGGGAAGCAGCAGGGGCCUGUCCCAUUCCCAGGGUUACAUGGACGUCCUCCCAGAGGAGGUGCUGAUGCUGGUGUUGAGCCUCCUGCCCUCUGAAGACCUCUACUGUAACGUCAGCCUGGUCUGCCAACGCUGGAGGAACAUUAUCACCCAGUCACUGAAGGAGAUUGACGCCUUGAAGGAGAUCAACGCCAUACUGGAAACUCAUAGAAUCAAAAAGAACGACCAGGAGAGCAUCCUCCAUAUAGUCGAGUUCAUGGCCCAGUAUAAGCCCAGUCAGAGGGUGAAGCCUGGGGCAGUGUUACAGAGUCCAGCGCCAUCAGAGUAUCUCAGCGCCAUGACAACCAUGCUCCUCGCCAUGAGGAGGACCGACAUCAACAUCAGCAACAGGUGGCACUACAACAUCUACGUCCUUCACCUGAUGGAGAACGCCCUGCCCACAGCAAUAACCAAUCAGAGUGGUCCGGUUCAGGUCACCCACAAACAGCAGCAGAUCCUCAACCACGACAUCCAUAGAGACCACGUGGUCAAGAUCAUGGCCUUCGCAGGCACAGGGAAGACCACCACCCUAAUUCGAUACGCUCAGCAGAGGCCACACCUCCACUUCCUCUACAUGACCUUCAAGAUGUCUGUGGCCACCCAGGCCCAGCGCUGUUUCCCCAGCAACGUGGACUGCAGGACGGUCCACUCCAUGGCUUUUGGGGCUGUCUGCUUGUCUGUCGGUAUAGACCAUUACCAGGAGUUGAAGAAGUUGUCUAGUAACGUGAAGCCCUUCUCUGUGGCCUGGGUGCUGCCUAAGGGCAGCGGGGGCUUCGUCAACGCCAAGGUGGUCACCCUGACUCUCAAUGCCUACAUGGCCUCGGCCAACACACACAUCACCCCCAACCACAUCCCAAACACGUACAAAAACACACAUGGCACAGUUGGUUUCCUGGCCCACUACGUUAAGGUUGGCUUCCAGGCCCACUAUGUUAAGGUUGGCUUCCUGGCCCGCUAUUUUAACGUUGGUUUCCUGGCCCACUACGUUAACGUUGGUUUCCUGGCCUGCUACGUUAAGGUUGGCCUCCUGGCCCGCUACGUUAACGUUGGCUUCCUGGCCCACUAUGUUAAAGAUCCGUGA